AUGCGCCUCCUCCACUCCGUCCUCGCCGUCGCCGGCCUGCUCUCCGCCUUCGCCAAUGCUCAAUUCCCCUCCACCUCGGUCAAUCUCACUACAAUCACCUCGCCCGUAGAUAAUAAUAUCACCAUUCGCUACAAGACCCCGAAGGGUGUCUGUAAGACCGCCUACGAUACCCAGCAGCAAUACACAGGAUGGGUCAACGUUCCCGGGCCUUACCCGGCCAACAUGUUCUUCUGGUUCAUCGGCGCCCGCGAACCCACAGAGGCCAUGACCAUCUGGCUUAACGGCGGCCCGGGUGUCAGCUCUCUCUUUGGCUUGUUCACCGAGGUCGGUCCAUGCGAGGUCAUUGAAAAGGGCCUGGACCAGUAUGACACUGUUGCUCGGGAAUGGGGAUGGGACCGCGCUUCCAACAUGCUAUUUAUCGAUCAGCCAAACCAAGUUGGCUUCUCGUACGACAUCGCGACCAAUGGCUCCAUGGACCUGUUCAACGCGAACCAGUCUAGUCCGCCUCAGCCAGUCCCCAAUGGCCAGUCGCCCGCAACGUUUCUAAACGGCACAUUUAGCUCGUUGAACUCCAACAACACUGCAAACACCACCGAGACGGCUGCUUAUGCGAUAUGGCACAUGCUGCAGGGCUUCUUGGGCGCCUUCCCGCAGUACAAUCCUCCGAACAACAGCUCUCUAGGCAUCAACCUCUUUGCCGAAAGUUAUGGCGGAAAGUACGGGCCUGUGUUCUCCGAUGUGUGGGAGAAGCAAAACGAGAGACGACAGAACGGGACUCUGUCUGCCAACAACACGCUCGAAGUUCACCUCACGUCGCUAGGCAUUGUCAACGGCUGCAUCGAUGAUCAGGUCCAGGCGGAGUUCUACCCCGCCAUGGCCACCAACAACACGUACGGCUUCAAAGCGAUGAAUGAUGUCCGCGCAAGCCUGGCCAACGGCAGUUUGUACACCUCGGGCGGCUGCCUCGACUUGAUCAAACAAUGUCGCACCGCCGAGUCCGUCUACGACGCCAACAACACCGGCGGGGUGGACACAGUAAACACCCUGUGUUCCAGGGCGUAUCAGACCUGCACCGACAACGUUGUCACACCGUACUCCGAGUCCGGCCGCAGCUGGUACGACAUUGCACGCAAGAACCCAGACUCAUUUCCGCCCAACACCUAUCUCGAAUAUGUCAACACCGCGGGCUUCCAGCAGUCCAUCGGCUCCAUUGUCAACUUUACGAUGACGAGCCAGGCUGUCUUGUCCGCCUUUUCUGGCACGGGCGACUACAUGCGAGGACCCUUGAUCCCGAAAUUGGCCGGCCUUCUGCAGCGCGGCAUCCGCGUCGCUCUGAUCUACGGUGAUCGUGAUUACAUCUGCAACUGGUUGGGCGGAGAGGCGGCAUCGACGACUCUCGCUUGGCAAGCUAGCACUGUAUACGGACGCAACUUUAGCGCCGCCGGCUACGCGCCUAUCAUUGUCAACGAUUCGUACAUCGGCGGUGUCGUGAGGCAGUUUGGGAACCUGUCCUUCAGCCGCAUCUACCAGGCCGGCCACUCGGUGCCAGCCUAUCAGCCAGAAACCGCGUUCCAGGUCUUUGCACGCGUCAUCAUGGGCACCUCCAUCUCGACGGGCGACCAGGUGAAUCUGGCGAACUACAAUACCUCUGGCGAUGCCCACGCCACGCAUACGGACAAGUUGCCAGACUCGCCUGCAGCCACCUGUUGGCUGCGCUACAUGCAAGCGUCGUGCAGCGACGAGCAGGUCAGCAUGCUCCAGCACGGCGAAGGGACGGUCAUCAACGGUGUGCUGUACAGUGCCUCGAGCGACUGGCCGUUUGCCACCAAGGCUCCGACUUCUACGCAGCCUGCCGCGUCCACUUCGUCAACGGUGCUUACGGGUCUGUUUACGGCGACGUCGACGCCAACGAGUGGCAGUGCAGCGGCACACGCGCUAGGGAUGCCUUUUGUGGUUUCGGUUACACUUUCGCUUGGCUUGUUCCUGCUCGGAGUGAUGGGGAGAGUGGUUGAUCAAAAGUCAUCAUAG